GACAGAGUAGAGAAGAGUACUGCACAGUGCUGCACAUCAUCUCCUCCAACUCUUCCUUUCUUGACCUCCUCCAGAACAGAUGUCAAUGGAAAGACUUUGAAUGAUGUCAUCCGAUACCUUCAUCCCUGGUUGGCUUCAGCACCUGCUUAUUGUGCUCUUGAAGCUUACCCUCUCCUGUGCCUCGCCGGUAAGAGUGGCCAAUGAAACUGCAUGCACUGCUCGAGGAGCUGCCUCUUACAUCCUGGUCUUCACUGGUCACUGGAGCUCACAGAUGUUCCCGAAACAGUACCCCCUAUUCCGACCUCCCGCACAGUGGUCCAAACUUGUAGCUGUCACCCAUAAUGAUCAGUACCAGCUGUGGCAGGAGGGGGCGCCAGCGAGUCUUGGUGUACAGAUAUUCGCUGAGCUGGGUGUGACUGUGGAGCUGGGGAAGGAAGCCAAGGAAGCAAGGAAGAGAAAAGCGUUGGGCUCCAUGUACCGCACAGCUGGGAUCCCCGCCGGUGUGGGCCACAGCUCCACUGAGCUGCUUCUGCUGCCAAGGAGCCCACUGCUCUCCCUGAUGGUGAAAGUGAUUCCCAGUCCUGACUGGUUUGUGGGCAUUGACAGUCUAAACCUGUGUGAGAUGGGGCAGUGGAAGCAGGAAGUGACCAUUGACCUGCACCCAUAUGAUGCUGGGACAGACAGUGGCUUCACUUUCUCUUCACCCAAUUUUCCCACAACACCCCCGGAGAACAUCACCAUGAUUACAUCUCAAAGGCCAAAUCAUCCAGCUAACUCCUUCUACUACCCACGCCUGACAGAGCUCCCGCCCCUGGCCACCGUAUGGCUGAAGAGACAGACACGCUCACCUGUCCGUCAACAGAACCAUGUUUCUAAUCACAUUCUACCCCAUCAUACCAAGCCACAGCAGUUCUCAGAGACACCGUUGGACUGUGAGGUGUCCUUAUGGUCCUCGUGGGGCCUGUGCAUGGGGCCGUGCUCACGCGGAGGUGUGCGCCACCGCACGCGCUACAUCCUGCUGAAACCGGCCAACAGUGGCGCCCCCUGCCCCGAGCUGGAGGAGCAGUCCCAGUGCACACCGCACAACUGCCUGACGCAACAGUGACAGCCACCUGGGCACCGGCGCAGACACCCCAACGUGGCCCGCAUUAAGAGCGGCUUUGAGACGCAGGCCAAUGCGAGGCUGCGGCUGCAGGAGGCAGGGGCAUGGCUGGUGCUCGCCUGCCCCACCCACCCAGCUGCCCUGCCUGGACAAGCACGGCCUGUCUAGUCUGUUCAUAGAGAAACUCUGAUCAUAGGUACCGCUUUUCUAUGGUAAACACAGCGUGUUGAAAAAUAAUCACAUGCAUCAUACUUUGCAGCUGCAGUUAUUAUGGAGAGUGGAUCUUUUUUAAUAUACACACCUACUGACCUGUCAAAUGUAGGUCCUAUGGACAUUUUUAUUUUCUUGUUUUUUUCAUUUCACCAUUGCACUGAGACAAAGGUACUUCAGUUGUGGAAUGAAUUGACCAACAGUGCUGUUCACUAGUAGACAUGGAAACUGAAAUCUUACAUUGGGAAAGAUGGGCCAGGUCCCUUUUAUUAGGCUAACAGACCCUGAACCAUGUCUAAGUUCAAUUUGAAUACAUAAUCAUUAUAUAUAUAUAAUGAGUUGUAUAUAUGUUGUUUUUGCCCUUUUCUCUCUGUCUAAUAAAUACAUUUGUUUUCCUUAAUAAUAAUGAACUUUAGUAUUCUGGUAGAUGUAAUUUUGGUGCAAUCUAGAAUAAACUCAGAU